AUGGCAACCACGGGACCUCCUGCCCACCUGCUGACAGGUCAGGUAGGCUCAGAAAAAUGGCACAAGGACAACAGCAGGACUGUGCGGAAAGCCCAUGAGCUGACCAAAGAUUGUGGGGAGCAAGCACUUGACCUUUGGCGUGCCCCCCUGGCCCCGGGCCAGCCUGAGGAGACACCAUAUGAGCACAAGCUUAGGAAGGACACCUGGAAAUUCAAGCUGGAUGUGUCGUCAUCUGGAGAGGUGAAGAGAAAGCCUCCAGAAGGGCCUGGAGUGACCCUCUGGAAGAGCAAAAUCAAGCCUCCCCCUUGGGUUUCCAAGAUGGCCAUGCCCUGCUUCCGAGACUACUUCAACACCAAGAACAAUGAAUUUGUGGCUCAGUACUCCAGGGAGACACGCCUAGUGGUGAGCCGUAUGCGCCAGGCCCUUAUAGAGAUAAACGAGCAGGUCAAGGCACUGGUGCGUGCGAGGGAACGGCUUCAUGUGAUGCUGGCCAGAAUUCGCCAAAGUCUCAUUACCAACAAGCAAAGCCAAGCCAUCCGGGGGCACAGGCCAACAUCAGAGAAGGUACCUGACAAGGUGGAUGCCUUGAUGAAAUGGGAGAAGGAGGAGUUACUAAGACAGAAAGCCAAACUAGAGGGGGUCAUGGGCAUGUCAGAAGAUCACCUUCAGGCACUGGGCAUGUGUCGGCAAGCCCUGGAAACAGCUUGUAACGAACGCAGUCGUGUAUUGGACCUGGUACCCCAUCCCCUGCGCAUGGUUCUCCUAGAGGCUGGGCGGGACUCCUGGCUUGGACUGAGCCGGCCCUCGUCCACCUGGGUAGAGCGAAAUGAGACACCCAAGCCAGAUCCCAUUGGACCUUUCACACCAGAGUGUUCCGCAGCUCUCGAUGAUGCCCGGCGCCUCACCUUUCUUUCCAAGGACAUGAUGCUUAAGGUGCAAGAGGCCAUCAAAGAGGCACGGGAUGCCCGCAACACGGCUUACAACACCAUUGAGAACAGCCUGCAAGGCAAGAGGGAGGAAACUCUCCGUCAUAAGGUACGGCUAGACAUGGCCUUGGGAGGAACACGCAGCACCCUGCAUCGCUGCCAACGUUUCAUGCACGAGAUGAAUGUCACCCGAGGAAUGGCCCUGGGUCCUGAAAGUAGCAAGUACUUGGAGACACGGGAGAAGCUGACACGGCCAAUGGUGCAGGUGUACCAAAGACAUGUGGGGACACAGCUGCCCGAAGCUGCAAUCCUCAACCAGUCCACCGCACUGUUAGAUUGCGCCAUAGAAGACACAGCUAAGAACAUUCAGAGCCUACAUGACACCAGGGGUCACCUGCAGCUAUGCAUUCACGACAAGGAGACUGGCUACGGCGUGGAUGGCAGCAUCAAACGUCUGCGGCAGCGCCGCAUACUUCCCCGCACCUGCCUGCAAGAGACUCUUGAUCUGGUCUACACCUAG